CUAUUGUAGAUAUAUAUACACAAGACAUUUACAGAAUAGUUCGCUUUUAAAAGGAACCAGUACGUUAAGAAGGAAUACAGCUUUAUUAAAAGGCAUUUUUGUUCAUACUAAAAAAGAACAAAUAACUGUUUAAAAAUGGUUAAAGAUCAGUUACGACAUGUUUUCAUAUAUGUUUCAUGCGUAUUUAUUUUGCAUUUACUUUUGGCACCCGCGUCAAAUGCCUGGACUUAUUUAGUAAGUGAAACGAAUUCAGAAGAUGUCGGAUAUACUAAUUUUACCUUCAGCUACCUGAACUUUAAAUAUGCAGAAAUCCGGUCAGAAUGUAACCGGUAUGACAGACCAUGCACUAAACUGGAUUUCAAGUAUGGUGGUUGUUGUUGUUACGACACAUGUGGCAAGACAAAAGGAGUUGCACUCCCGACAUAUUUUGAAGUCAUCAAUUACCUCAACUUUGCUCCAUAUUUCUUCAUCGCCUUCCUGCUCGUUCUCACCUGUAUCGUUUCGGUGCCCAUCUACUGCUGCAAGAAACUAACAUGGUGUUCUUCCAUAUUGCGCGUGCUGGUUUUCUGUGCAACCAUUUUAUUUGAGUUCAUGUACAUGGCUUUGUACAUCGUUUUUGGAGCCAAGGUUGUGCCGGACAUGGGGUUUAAGUCCUCCAAUCUUACUUCGCUGUUCUACAUGUAUGCAGGCAUCUCGGGACUAGCCGUUAUGUUUUACUGCAGCAUUGGUGUAAUCUGGAGUAUUAAUAAGUUGAAAGAUGUUGACUGCUGCUCUGUCACCAGAAAGUACAAAUGGAAGCUGGACCACUUGAGGUGGACCAAUUAUAAACCAGUAUUUACAGAGCAGAAACAACAGAAUGGGGACCAGCAUUUGAAAUUGAGGUCCGUUUAACGCUUCAUUUUAACGUUUAUCUGAAGAAGACCCAUUAGUGGUUUAUCAUGAUAACUGAACAUGCGUCAAAUGACAACCCGUACAAGAAAAUAUCUGCAGUUUUACGAUUUGUUUUCAUUUACUCGCGCAUAAAUGCCUUUCUCACGAUUCUGUACUUUGAGUUACAGUCCUUUGCCAUAUAUUGGCCUUCUCAGCAUAUCUGUAUGACGAGGAUCACAUGUGUGUUGGCACAUUUGCUUCAUGACGUAACACUAAAAAAUCACACAAAAGUAUGAUUUGGCAAUACUUUUAUUAAAAAGUGUGUUUGAAUGGCGUCGUAACAUUUUUUGUUCUUUAGUAUGUAUGUUUGACAUAAUUGUGAAUUAUGUAAGAUGUGUUGCAUUGAGUUCAAUGUUGUAUAUUUGAAUUUAUCCUUAUGAAAGAUAAUUAUGCCUUAUUCAUACUUCUUUCUAUACUAUUUAAUUAUAUCUAUGUUUAUUUAUAUAAUAUCCAAAUUCACCUUCAGUGUUUGCAAUAAAAUGCUUUUUCAAACCUGUCUGACUUGUCA